GCCACGACGGACGAUGGCAGAGAACAUCUACAGCAAGGGGACCAGGGUCUGGUUCGCUGACAAGGACCAUGGCUGGAUUUCCGCAGAGGUUACCAACGUCGUCAAGACCGACGACAAGAUCAAGCUGUCCUUCGUGGACGAGCGGGGAAAGGAAAUUAAUAUUGACACGACCGCUAACGACAUCAAAGCAGGCAAGGAAGACUUGCCCCCGCUACGAAACCCUCCUUUGCUCGAGACCGCAGAUGAUUUAGCUACUCUCUCUCACCUCAACGAGCCUUCAGUGCUUCACACUAUUCGGAAUCGAUACGCGCAACAUAGUAUAUACACCUACAGUGGUAUCGUCCUCAUUGCCGUGAACCCCUUUCAACGCGUUACUCUCUAUGGGUCCGAGAUCAUUCAGGCUUAUAGCGGUCGACGGAGAGGGGAAUUGGAACCCCAUCUAUUUGCCAUCGCGGAGGACGCGUAUACAGCCAUGAUGAAAGAAGGUAUGGGCCAAACCAUCAUCGUUUCCGGAGAGAGUGGUGCCGGGAAGACAGAAUCUGCCAAAUUCAUCAUGCGUUACCUUGCCUCCGUCAAUCCUCCGGAGUCCACUACCAAAGCAAGGACCAAAGCGUCAUUGGACGAGUCCAGUGAAGUCGAGCGGCAGAUUCUUGCCACUAAUCCUGCUCUGGAAGCGUUCGGUAACGCGAAGACGACCCGUAACGACAACUCGUCGCGUUUUGGAAAGUAUAUCCAGAUCUUGUUCGAUGGCAAACAGCAAAUCGUUGGUGCUCGCAUCCGGACUUACCUUCUGGAGCGUUCCCGUAUUGUUUUCCAACCACUUACCGAGCGGAACUACCACAUCUUCUAUCAACUCUGUGCUGGCGCACCGCUGAAGGAGCGCAAAGAUCUUGGCCUUGACUCCGACAUCAACAAGUUUCACUACCUCAAACAAGGUGGCCCGUCUUCUACACCAAUCGCAGGCGUGGAUGAUGCAGAGGAGUUCCGUCAAACACAGCACGCCUUGUCCACCAUCGGUAUUGGUAUCGAAAAGCAGUGGGCGGUAUUCCGACUGCUGUCCGCACUCCUCCAUCUCGGGAACGUCCAGAUCACAGCCUUGCGCAACGACUCUUCGAUAGACGACAAUGACCCUGCGUUACUCCUUGCCACCCGAUUUUUGGGUGUCGAUAAGGCCGAAUUCAAGAAAUGGACUGUCAAGAAGCAGAUUACGACCCGCUCAGAGAAGAUCAUCAGCUCUUUGAAUGCGGCACAGGCGACCGUUGUUCGUGACAGUGUGGCCAAGUUUGUGUACGUUUGUCUAUUCGAGUGGCUGGUCGCGAUCGUCAAUGAGAGUCUUGCCGGAGAGAAUGGUGAGGCAGAGAGGCGGGCAGAAAUGUUUAUUGGUGUGUUGGAUAUCUACGGUUUCGAGCACUUCCAAAAGAAUUCCUUCGAGCAAUUCAGCAUCAAUUAUGCCAACGAAAAGCUGCAACAAGAGUUUAAUGCACACGUCUUCAAAUUGGAACAAGAGGAAUACGUCAAGGAAGAAAUCAACUGGACAUUCAUCGACUUCUCAGACAACCAGCCUUGUAUCGAUGUCAUCGAGAGCAAGCUGGGUGUACUCGCUCUUCUCGAUGAAGAGGCUCGCAUGCCUUCCGGUUCUGAUGCCUCCUUCCUUCAGAAGCUCUACAACCAACUCGGAAAGCCCGAAUAUAAGAAUGUCUUCAAGAAGCCCCGUUUUGGCAGUUCAGCAUUCACCAUCGCCCACUACGCGUUGGAUGUCACGUACGAAGUUGACGGCUUCCUGGAGAAGAAUCGUGAUACCGUUCCCGAUGAACACAUGAAUCUUCUUGCUUCGACCAAAAAUCCUUUCCUUCGCGAAGUUCUCGACGCUGCUCUCGCUUCUGCCAAGCCUCCAGACAGCCCAAACCCAGCCUCUCCUUCUGCGUCUGACUCUGCUAGUGGUGGCUCACGUCGCGCUUCCCUUAUUCCCGAUCCCGGACGUUCUUCGCUCGUUGGUGGCUCGAACGCCGGUGCUAAGCGACCGGGAGGAGCGGUCAGGAAGCCUACGCAGGCCUCAAUCUUCAAGGCGUCGCUGAAUAACCUUAUGGACACGCUCAGCAUCACGAACGUCCAUUAUAUCCGUUGUAUCAAACCAAACGAGCAGAAGGAAGCCUGGAGGUUCACGCCACAACAGGUUUUGAGUCAACUUCGUGCUUGCGGUGUGCUAGAGACCAUUCGUAUCAGUUGCGCUGGUUAUCCCACCCGAUGGACGUACGAAGAGUUUGCGGAGCGGUACUACAUGCUUGUGUCGUCCGCGCACUGGGGCCCCAUGAUUCAGAAGCUGGAGCUCCGGGAGCUCUGCUCACUGAUCCUCGACACUACUAUCAACGACCCUGAUAAGUACCAGGCUGGCAAAACCAAAAUCUUCUUCCGAGCAGGCAUGCUCGCCGCGCUCGAGUCCCUGCGCUCGGAUAGGCUGAACUCGAUGGUCACUGUUGUUCAGAAGAACAUGCGUCGCCACAUGGCUGUCAAGCACUAUCGAGAAUUGCGUGCAGCGACGAUCAAGAUACAGACUUGGUGGCGAGGAAUCAUGGCGAGGCGUUUGGUCGAAUUCGUUCGACGGGAGACUGUCGCCAUUCGGUUGCAAAAGAUGGCUAGGAGGUUUGUUCAACGGAAGAAGUUCACGGAUAUUAGGACCGCUAUCGUUCGCUUCCAGAGUCGUGUCCGUGGCGCACAGGCCCGACGUGGAUUCAAAGAGAAACGUCAUCGACAUGCUACCGUCAACUUGCAGAGCCUUUUAAGGGGAAUGCUUGUGCGGCGACACUUCAACACCGAUGUCAAGCACGUCAUCUAUCUUCAGUCUUGUGUUCGUAGACGACUGGCCCGCAAGCAGCUCAAGGCUCUCCGACAAGAAGCCCGCUCCGUCAAUAAGUUCAAGGAGAUAUCGUACCGCCUUGAGAACAAGGUCGUCGAGCUCACGCAGAACCUCCAAACACGUACACAGGAGAAGAAGGAGCUUCAAGGGAAACUUUCGAUCCUCGAGCAGCAGUUACAGAAUUGGCAGACGCGACACGAGGAAGCUGACGCCCGUGGCAAGCAACUUCAGGCAGAUCUGGUUGUCGCUCAGGCUAUUGCCACAGAACGUGACGAACUCAUCCGGCAGAAAGACGACGUUCAGAAGCAGCUCGAGGCUACAUUGGUCAUCGUAGAAGAGAGGGACAGCGCUGUUCAAAAAUUGGAGGCCGAGAUCGCUCGCCAAGCUGCCCAGCUAGAAGCUCAGCUCAAACAGAUCGAGACCGCGCCACCACGGGUUGUCGAGGACCCUUCUGUCAUCGCGACGCUCAAGAGCGAAGUCAACAAUCUCCGCGAACAGCUCAAUCGCUCGUAUGCCCUCAAUGCUCUGACCAAGGGCGCUCGCGACGCCCCCACUUCGCCCACUUUCGCUCCUACCCUCCGUGCUCUCGAGAAUAAUCCUACGAAUGGCACCGUCAAUGGAGGCCCCCCGCCCGUCAACGGUACUUCAGCAGGCAGACACCAGCGGAGACACAGCUCUGCAGGCGUAUACGGCAUUAGUCCAGCCGACUACCGCACGUCUGCUGACGAGCUUAUGACGCUUGUCAAGCGUAGUCAGAAUACCAACCCCCGUGCUGUAUCUGUCGCUUACAACGGCGAGGAUGGUCUUCCGCGGAUGCGGGCGCAGAACGGUCUGUCGAACAUCUACGACGAUCCUGCAGAGGAGAAGAUUCGCCUGUUGCAAGACAUAAAGCACCUAGACGAGGAUGUGCUCGACGGCCUUAUUAAGGGUCUUAAGAUACCACUGCCUAGCCUUACAAACCCUUCGGCUGUGAAGGAGAUCCUCUUCCCUGCCAACCUCAUCAGCUUGGUCACGAACGAGAUGUGGAAAUACGGUCUUAUACCCGAGAGCGAACGAUUCCUUGCGAACGUUAUGCAGACCGUACAGGCUCAUGUCAUGGGUUUCCCUGGAGAGGAUGCUAUCAUACCCGGUAUCUAUUGGCUUUCGAACGUCCAUGAGAUGCUCUCAUUCAUCUGCGUCGCCGAGUCCGAUAUGCUGCAAGGCAUCGGACCUGGUGAAGAGAACGCGGUGCGUCCAUUCGACUGGUCAGACUAUGAGAGACUUGUCUCUGUCGUCAAACAUGACUUGGACAGUCUCGAGUACAACAUCUACCAUACGUGGAUGACGGAGACGAAGAAGAAACUCUCGAAAAUGGUCAUCCCCGCCCUCAUCGAGAGCCAGUCAUUACCGGGCUUCAUCGCUAGCGACGGUGGCGGGCGCCUCUUCAACCGCGUCUUCAAUUCGAAUAGCCAGCCGGCGUUCAGCAUGGACGAUAUCCUCAACCUACUGAACAAGGUCUGGAAGAGCUUGAAGAGUUAUUAUAUGGAGGAGAGCGUAGUGCAGCAGGUGGUGACGGAGCUUCUGAAGCUCAUCGGUGUUACGAGUUUCAAUGACCUUUUGAUGAGGCGUAACUUCUCUUCGUGGAAGCGAGCUAUGCAAAUCCAAUACAACAUCACGCGCAUCGAGGAGUGGUGCAAGUCGCAUGACAUGCCAGAGGGCACACUACAACUCGAACACUUGAUGCAAGCAACAAAACUCUUGCAGCUCAAGAAGGCGACUGCGGCGGACAUCGAGAUCAUUUACGAUGUCUGUUGGAUGCUCAGUCCCAUGCAGAUUCAACGUAUGUGCACAAACUACUACGUUGCUGACUAUGAGAACCCUAUCUCUCCUGAGAUCUUGCGCAUCGUAGCCUCCCGUGUUGUUGCGAAUGACCGUAACGACCACUUACUGCUGCCCGAGGCCGAAGAGGUCGGGCCUUACGAACUUCCUCUUCCCCGCGAGGUUUCUGGCCUCGAGACCUAUGUCCCUGCAUACCUCAACGUCUCACAUCUUCGCCGUCUAGCUGCGCUGGUCGCAUGAUGAGAUUUACCGCUUAUUCCCAUGUCUCUCGUCUCGUCUUCCGUUCAUCGCACCGUAUAUUUGUUCUGUCGUCUAUGGGAUCUUCGACUUUCUUAUAGUGUAUCUUUUCGGAUGAAUCGUGGAUGCUCUUAGACUGAUUAGUGCUCGUGCUGCAACGUACAUCCUAGGGAUAACUUGUUGAUCGCGCCGGUAAGAACCCCGAGGAGGGCCAGCAAACUUCGGUCUCUCUUUCUACCCUGAAACAUUGCUUUGUGAUAUCACCAGGAUGGUGCCAUCAUCAACCUGGUCUG